CGGGCAGGAUGGCGGGCCGCGGCGGGGAGGCUGAGGCGGCCCUGUUGGCCGCCGCCGUGUUUGAGAAGCUGAAGGAUUUGAAGUGUCCAUCUCUUGAAGGUCUUUACGUAACAGAGCCGAACUCCAUCCAGAACUUGCUGUGUAGCCCCUCAGUUUAUCGCUUCCAAAUCCUGGAGUGGAUGUUUGCAAGAGUAUAUCCUCCCUUCAGAGAAUCCUCCAACUUGAAAGAAUUUCAGUCCGAAAUGAAAAUGAAAGAGAUGGUGAAACUGGGCUAUGACCUGAUGCUCUGCCAGUCUGAUGAUCUGGAUCUCAUCAAGGGCAACGGCAGUGCUCUGAAGCAGCUCACUUUCAUGGACCAGUUGCUGGAUGCAAUUAAGAGCUUGGACAACAUGGCAGGGCCAGAAGCCAGAAACGCGAGUUCUUCCAGGGUGGAGAAUUUCCAGGAUUACGCCAAGAAGAAUGAAGCAUUCCUGACAGAGCUUUUUUCCAGUCCCCAUCUUCAGGCAGCACUGGAUCCUGAGAUUAAUCCAUGGCCCCUGGACAUCAUGCCUCUCCUUGCAGAUGAGAAAACCCUUCACAAAAGAACCUACCUGUCCGCAAAAUCAAGCGAAAACAUGGUGGAGGAGCUUUCUAAAAUGUUAAAGGCAACCACUGAAGGCUUGGAAAAGCUGAAGGAAGAGUGCUGUUUCCUCAACGGUGAAGCAGCUGACACACACAACGACAGUGGCAACACAGUGGUUCAGACCCUUAAGGUAGUCCUCUCAGAUUUUCAUCACUUGGUUACCGCUUUUACUCAAGUCUAUGAGAAUGAAUUGCGUGAACACUGCAGUCGCCCAGCACCUGAAAUCAAUCCAAGCGGUCCCCUUUUUCAGUCUGUGCACCAGACACUGACUCUCUGCCAUCAGGAACUGAAGGCCAUCGCUGAAGUUUCGGAUACUUCGAAGAAGAUAAUGGAAACUGUUGAGAGACAGCAGCAUGAGAGACGCUGCUGGGACUGUAGCCAUAUGGUGACUUUGUCCACAAAAAUGGAAGAAUUGAGAAGAAAACAUGAACUCUUUCAUGACACUUUGCAGAAGCUUACUGCACAGAAGGGAGAAUGAAUGCAGUGGGACUGUUCCUCCAUUCCAUGGCGACUGUGGGGCAGGAGUCAUCUAAUAGAGAUGGGGAGAAGGGGGCAAACAGCCAGACCCCAACAGCCUUCAGAAGAAUAAGACUAUCCAGGAUCCAAGUCUGAAUGCCGUGGAAGAGCACUGAGGAAAAUUAAUAUGAAGCUACCUUACUUCCCUAUCUGCUGGCCUGACGGGCCUUUCGAAAAUAAGUUCGGUGAGCUUCCUUGUUGGUGAUUUAUCCCCUGUUCAUGGCGGUUGCCUCGCUACUAACUCCGAGACAAGCUAUACAUUCCGUGCGCAGGGUGGAGUAAGGAAACGUAAGUAGGAGGCAAAUAUUUAUGUGCACAUUCAUCAGCCACCUCUUCAAAGAUACUUGGUAUAACAGGUGGCCUAAAAGUAUGGGGAAUGUGUUAACCGUUUGUAAUCCUGACCCUGCCAGGACUGCCGGCCACCUGAGUGCUUCUUAGAAGUUGUCAUUUGUAGAUUCCAAAUAUCAGCGAUGCUGAUUUA